UGUUCACAAGAUAGCUGAUUAUCGGAAUUGCUUCAACUGUGGUGACGCCAGCAGGAAUGGCCCUUGUCUCCCAUUGAUGGCGAACUGAGCAUGUUGUUUACCCCCGCCAUUUCGGCUUCCACCUCUCUUUCCUCAUAAUCGCAAUCCCCUGGACUCUUUUCGUCUGCAUCGAUCUCUUCGCUUUCUAUCCCCUCCAAAAAGCCGGUCGUGACUACUCCAAUGGCUGUCGCGGAUCAGCCUUCGGGCUUGAUGGAUAUCGCCAGCUCAUUGACGCAGGACGAGAUCCCGUUCAAGCUGCGAUGCGCCAUCUGCAACAAACUUGCCGUGAACGCAUUCCGCCUUCCUUGCUGCGACCAGGCUAUUUGCGAGAACUGCCAGGUGUCUCUCCCCGAAACAUGUCCUGUCUGCGCGCACACUCCUCUCUCCUCUGAUCUAUGCAAACCGAACAAGGCCCUCCGAACUACCCUCAAAGCCUUCCUGCGCACCGAGGAAAAGAAGCGAGAGAGAGAGCGGCAGUCGGCUACUCCCGCGACUUCCGCAGGUGCAAACGGAGCGACGCCCGCGGAUGCGACUCCGUCUCAAGAGGAGCCCCCUGUUGCAGCUAACAGUGCUGGGGAUCAAUCUGUGUCAGAGGGAGUGGUAUCUGCCACUGCUUCCGCCGAUGCUGUUACUGAAGAGACUUCUGGGUUCAACGUCCCUGAGCCCAAUGCGGACAAUGCUUCUGGCAACGAAGUUGCCGAAGCUGCCGUUCAGGAUGAAAAUGUCGAGAGCACCUCGGAGCCGGCACCAGACCAGUCCGAAGAGGUAGCCCAAGACGGAGCUGACGAGGCUGGUCCAACCGAUGAGAAUCAGUCUACUCAGGCCAAUGAGGAAGAAGCCUCCCAGGGUGGCGAGCCAGGAUCAAUGCUCGCCAACGGUAUGGGCUUCAAUGCGGGCGCUGGGAUGUUCCCCAACAUGGGCUGGAACGGAAGCUUCAACCCGAUGAGCCAGUACAUGAACAAUGGAAUGCUCAAUUUCCCCAUAGGAAUGCCUGGAAUGGCAAUGGACCCGAUGGCCGCGAAUCAGGGUAUGUUUGGAGGCUACGGGAUGAACAUGACUGGCAUGAACAUGGGAAUGAGUUUCGACGCGGGUCAGGGGAUGUAUGGGGGAUGGGACGGCUCACAGAACAAUAUGUGGAAUGGAGGCCAAGAUAAAUUCAAUCCAAAUGCUUUCGCAAAUGGUAUGGGUCCGCAAUACGGGGGCCCCUCUGGCUUCGGUGGAUAUAAUAUGUCUCAACCCAACCUUGCUCAAAUGCAGCAGCAACAGUUCCCUAGCCAAGAUUAUCAGAACGGGUCGUAUGGCCCGGGGUAUGGCAGAGGCAAUUUCCGGGGUCGUGGUCGUGGAUAUUUCCCUAGUGGUCGUGGCCGAGGCGGCCUUGCUGCUGGACAUAUGCAGGCCAAUUACCCCCCUAAUGCUAACUACCCAGCGUUCCCUAACCAUAAUGCCUCUAAUCUGAGUUCAGACAUGGCGUCCCAGUCGCAGGAUGGUGCUGCCGAGAUGUCCGGAGAGUUCGACCAUGGAGACGCUCCAGAGAUCAACAAUGAUGAAGUUGGCCCCGGUGGCGAUGGCGAUGCGGAGGGUGCACAAGACGAUACUGUGCCCAAGGAUGCCACCACGGAAGGAGCAAAUGGUGAAAACGACGAAUCCAACCCUCCUGAUACCGAUGCUGCACAGGAGACUGAAGAACCGCAGCUGCAGGGGAUCCCCACCAUUGAUAGUCUAGACCAAGUCAAUGCCGUCCAAGCGAUGUCGACCUUCCCUAUGGGCAUGCCAGGCCCGAUGGGAGUCGGGUUUGGGAGAGGCGGAGGCUUCAUGCGUGGCCCUUUCCCUGGUGGACGAGGUGGUGGAUUCAACGGACCUCCGUUUAUGGCUGGUCCCAACACGAUGUACCCCGAGCCUCGGGGUCAAGGCGUGGAAGGAGCGCCGGCGGCGCCUCGAGCCAUGCGCGAGGGUUUGCCUAACACCAGCGUUCUCCGUCAGCGUAAUUUCCAGAUCCCUGGACGGUCAGGGGCUUCGUCUGCACAGCCUUUUGGAGCGACCCCUCAUAGGUCGGGAUCCAGAACAAAGAGCCGGUCCCGAUCCCCUCAGCCUGACCAAACAGACGGUCGCCGCUCGAAUCGGCAACGCUCGGUCAGUGUGGACAUGAUGGGAGAAGAGUCAGAGCGCCGCCGCGAGCGGCCCAGACGACCCCGUCGCGACGACAAAUACGAUGAGCCGUCCGGUGCGGACGAGGGCCGUCGUUCUCGUUCUCCAUCCCUUGACUCGCGCAGGUCUACCACCCACCGUCGCGACAGGGACCGGGACAGGCGAAGUGGUCGACGAUCGCAUCGGUCCCGGCGUCACCGCAGCUGGAGUCGCAGCCCCAAUCGGAACGGGGACGAAGCCAACGCCGACCGUCUGUCCUCGAUCCCGGAAGAGACCGGCCGAAACAAGACCGGGGACAGUUAUCGGGGCGGGAAAGAUCGAUCCAGCCGCUACGACGACGAUCGCGAGCGGGAUCGGGACUCCAGGCGCCGUGACCGAGACCGCGACUGGGACCGGGACCGCGAUCGUGCUCGCGACCGUGACCGUGACCGUGACCGUGACCGCUACCGUGAGCGCGACAGGGAUAGAGACCGCGACCGUGACCGUGACCGCCAUCGUGACCGGGAUCGUGACCGUGACCGUGACCGUGACAGGAAGCGCUCCCGUCGCGACCGCUCCGGAUCCCCUGCCGGCAGUGAAUACUCGUUUCGCCAUCACUCUCGAAGAGACAAACGUGGCCGCGACGAAGAGGGCGGAGACCGUAUGCGCGAGAAGGCGGCCACGGCCUCGGCAGCCAAAGCUGGCGAACCUGAAAAGGACCCCCAUACCCUGGAACGCGAGGCCCGGAACCGCGAGCGCAUGCUCAAAGAGCAACAGCGGCGCGAAGCGAUGCACGCAGACAGGGACGGCGGCAAAUCGUCUCGCAAGCGUGACGGUCGUGGCCUGAGUGGCGGCCGUCGUCUGAGUUAUAAGUACGAGGAUGAGGAAACCGACGAUGCCCGUGCCGCUCGCGUGGAGAAGGAAAGAGAAGCCGGCCGGUGGUAGCUCCCCUGCCAGUCAGGUUUCUUUCGUCCCUUGUCACAUACCAAUACCUCACGACCUUCUUCAACUCCCCAACUCUUCUCUCUCUACAUCUCAUCCAUCGUCUAUCCUCCUCACCCGUCCUUCAUAUCACUCACAUGACGAAGAGCAUAUAGAGCGCAUCCAUCUGAGCCUGAAUUACUCCUCCCAUUACUCCACAUUCCUGCGCGGUGUCUUCCUCGAGCAUGUAUUCUCCACUAGCCGUAAAGGCACCAGUACCCACAAAGGGUAUAUCAUUUGCAGGCGAUGGCGACAAAUCGCAAAUUUGUUUCAUUCAUCCAUGGUCAUAUAGCAUGCAGAUGCGAGGAAUGAUGUGAGAUAGUAU